UGGGCGGAACCAAUAGUUAGCAUGUCCUUGACACUAAACCUCUAUUUCACAUACUCAUCAUUUGUUUUCUCGCCGUGAGAGGACGGAGAAGUGAAGAACGGAACGAGAGGUUGGUUGAGCGGCGCGAAGAGUUCUGCAGGUAUGGCGGCGGUGUUGCCCAGGACCCUUGGGGAGCUACAGCUCUAUAGGAUCCUCCAGAGGGCCAACCUGCUGUCCUACUACGAGGCCUUCAUCCAGCAGGGCGGAGACGACGUCCAGCAGCUGUGCGAGGCGGCCGAGGAGGAGUUCCUGGAGAUCAUGUCCCUGGUGGGCAUGGCCAGCAAGCCCCUCCACGUUAGGAGGCUCCAGAAGGGCCUGCGAGACUGGGUCACCAACCCGGCCCUGUUCAACCAGCGCCUGGCCCCUCUCCCUGUCUGCAGCAUCCCCGUCUACAAGCUGGAAGGUAGCGGUAAUUCUAACGCUAGCGCCCAUGUCAAAGUACCCAAGCUGCUGGUGGCGGUGUGCGGUGGGGAGCCCAGGAGGGGUGAGGCAGUGUCGUCAGGGGUGGGGGGCGAUGGAGGAGGGGGUUCGGCCUCUGGGUCUCCACUGCAGACUGGCAGCGAGCCUCGCUUCUGUGCCUCAUUGUCCUAUCACGGCGGGGGAGGGGGACUGGAGAGCGAACACAGCCUGUCCCCUGCAGAGUUGACCAUGGGUCUUGGUUCUCCCUUGCCAUCGUCCCCCCGCGGCGAGGAGGUACUAGACGCCGCAGCGUUGAGAUCGGUGGCGGAGUGCGUGGAGCGGCUGGCCCAGGCGCUGCCCCGGAGCGACCCGUCUGAGGUGAAGGAGGGGCUGAGGGGCAACAAGAAGCUGUCCAAGAUGAUCUGCCACAUCCUGGACAUGGAGGAGGAGGACCCGAGGAGGGCAGAAGAGAUACGCAAGUACAGCGCCAUCUAUGGACGCUUUGACUCCAAGAGGAAGGACGGCAAGCACCUCACGCUGCAUGAGCUGACAGUGAAUGAGGCAGCAGCUCAGUUGUGUAUAAAGGAGGUGUCCCUGCUGACCAGGAGAGAGGAGCUGUUUAGCCUGGCUAGACAGGUCUCUCGGGAGGUCACCUACAAAUACACCUACAGGACCAGCAAGUCUCAAUGUGGUGACAGAGAUGAGCCUUCUCCCAAGAGGAUCAAAACAGAGGAAGGCUUCUUCGACCUGCAGGAAGACCUGCAGGCCAUCCACAUGAGAAGGGAGGCCCUGAGAGAGCAGCUGGCCACAGCCAAGUCUAAAGGGGAGGAGACCACGGGGCGCAACGUCCAGCUGGGGCGUCUGCUGACCAGACAGAUGGAGAUCCAUCACGAAGCCCAGGCCCAGGACAGACUGCAGGCCCAGGACAGACUGCAGGCCCUGGAGUGGAAGGUCCCUCUGGGGGGCUUCAAGUUGAGACACAACACUGACCCAGAGCACCGCCACCAUGCCAACGGAGGUUCCACUGACAGCACCAGUCUACUACCAGGGGAGAGGCCACUGAUCCUGCGGGUGGCGGGUCAAAGGUCGGAAGGAGGCACACCCCUGGGGAAACAGCUAGCCAAUGAGCUGAAGAGGCAUCACGGCAACGGGGAGGGAAAGGCCCUGGCAACGAGUCACCAUGGCAAUGUCGAGGGCAAAACUCUGGCCAUAGAAAAUGGGAACAGGGCCGACUUCUGCCAAGGGGCUCUCAGCCUUUCUGACAAGAAGACCAUCAAAUCAGAGCCAGAGGAUUCCAGAUAGCAC